GCAUCGACGUAAAUCUAAUAUUCGAACCAAUUCAGUAAAAGAACAUAAACAUUAGUGAUUCAUCGUUCAGUUAAGCAACAAUUAAGUUAAAAUAAAUAAACCCAUGAUCGCCACUAAGCAAUAACAGUAGCUGGGCCCAACCAAUUAUGUCGGCCGAUUCGAUCAAGGAGCCGCCACCAGCAGCACCUGCCGCGGAAUGUGCACAUUUGGUGGAAUUCAAGCAGUUUCUGGCCUCGACAGCCGCCAAAGCGUCCGCCGCCAGUGGGGAUCUGACGCGAUCUUGUGUAACGCGGACCAGCAAUGACACCUACAAGGUGUCGGUGGAGGAGCGUCACGCUGAGCUGGUGUCAGCCAUUUGGCAGCAGUUGAAUAGCAGAGGGUGCCCGGCGGGCUUCCGCCUGAAGCUGCUCCACCAGGCUACACAGCUGCUGGAGAAGGAGAUAUGCUACGCCAAGGAGUGUGAAGUCUCUGUCGAGGGUCCCACGCAAUAUGAUCUGCUGAAGCUGCAGAAGUUUGUCGGCAAUCAAAUGGACAAGCUGCUCAUAAAGCUAACAGAUAAUUCGGAGUUGGAACGGCUGAAGGACUAUGCCGACGAGGGUGUCAUCUGCCAGAAUCCCGAGCACUGCGUGUGCGGACUAACCCAAACCGUGCGGCACACAUCCGCCGCCGUCAAGAACAAGCCACGUAAAAUGGAGGAUCGUCAUGUGUGCAUGGAUUGCUUUGGUGCCAUCUAUGAGCUGGCCAACAAGGAUUGUCGGUUCUUUGGCGUUUUUGACGGACACUCUGGCUCCUUAUCCGCCAGUUAUGUCACAAGUCAGUUGCCCCAGCUCCUAGCCGAUCAGCUAAAACAAACAGAGGACCCACAAGCAGAUACCCAGAGCUCUGACUUCUAUCGCAAUGCAUUUGAGACGGCCUUCCUGCUGGCAGACGAACGGUUUAUCCACAAACGCAUCACCAGCGGCACCACUAGCGUCUGUGCCCUUAUCAACCGAGAUCAACUGUACAUAGCUUGGGUGGGUGACUCAAAGGCCCUACUGGUGGGCAAACGCACACAGCUGCAGCUGGUAAAACCACAUAAACCCGAGUCACCCGAUGAGCGCAAACGAAUCGUGGCAGCCGGAGGUACUGUACUGCAUGCCCAGGGUCAGUGGCGUGUGAACGGAAUUCUAAAUGUGGCGCGUUCCAUUGGCGACUACUGCCUGGAGGCGGUCAUAGCCGAGCCAGAUUUCGUCGAUGUUGAGCUAAAUGAAGCGCAUGACUUUCUCGUACUGGGCACCGAUGGCCUGUGGGAUCAUGUGCCGGAGUCUUUUAUCAUCGACACUGUUUACGAGUGUCUGGCCGAUGCGACAACGAAACUCGAUGACAUUCCCAAGCUACUGAUAGAGGCGGCCAAGGAGCGAGACUCGCAGGACAACAUAACCGCGGUGAUAGUUUUGCUCAAGCCGCGUCAUCAGAUUGAAAGGUAGAGCGUAGAAGAAUCGUCAGAGGAGAUGUAUUUUUUUUUUUGUUCUAUGUGUAAUUGUUAGCUGCAUUGUUGACUCGUUGAUUUUACUUAUUUUCCUUUGUUUAAAUGUAAAUAAUUAGCUGGAAUGCUGCCACCAGUUUUGAACGUUGGGGGAGAGAGCAUUUGAAUCAUUUUGUAUCACUUUUGUAACCCAAGCGCUCACCCACACGAAUCCAGAACUGGUGGCAGCCACACAAAAUACCCUUUAAUUGUCGCAUUCUCACGUGCCUGGUCCUAAAGGACUACUUGGUUGCUCGAAUAAGCUCAAUCAAAAUACGUUUAAAUGCAAAGUUUUUUGGCUUUAUAUGCAACUCGUUGUUAACAAACAAUACAAAUACAAUACAAUAUAAUAUACAAAAGUGCACACUUAGAGCAUAUUUUUUAGUAUAGAAUGCAAGCCAUGCCCCUAUUUAUAUAUAUACAAGCAUUUGAAGUUGCCAAGUACACAAGAAUUCUAGUUAUAGCUCCCACAUAUACACAUACAUAUAUAUUUACACCUAUCAAUCCAUAUUCAGAUGAGAAUCCCACACACACAGAAUAUUAAGUACCUUUUUAUACAAAUAUGAAAUGCAUUUUAUCGAACAAAACAAACCAGAGCAUAACCCUUUUAAUGAAACACGCAAAUUGUUUAAGAACCAUUUUUUAUUAUUGGAAUAAUAAAGAGAUAGAGAAACGAA